AUGCAAUUCACUGCCUCAAAGAGUCUCAUCUUCGCCCUCUGCCUCUUUCUCUCUCUCCUCUCGGUCUCUGAUGCAUUCCCCAUCCUGCCACUCCCCAGCAUAGUCCCCCAGGACUUGAAAGAUCUCUAUAUCAUCUUGUCCGCGUCGACUGCAAACUUUGUCGCUCAAGCCAUCACCUAUAGUUGCACGACCACCCUCUUCAAAUGCCUCAAAAAGGCAAAACUGACCCCCGAUCAGUGCGAACUUAACUAUGACUAUUGUCUUAAUACUGCCGAAUACAUUAACCAGAUCUUCUCAGCGUCCUAG